UAUUUUCUAAAGCAUUGACGACAACAUUUAAAACCGAAACACUAAACAUUAUACAUAAUAUAAACCGACGUUAUUUAAAUGGAUUAUUCCAGGGAACUUCCUUCCUCUGCCACAACAAACAUAUCACAUGGGUGAAGCGCUGAUUCGUGGUGUCUCGAUCAACAGCUCACUGACACAUUUUUAUUGCUGUUUAAUCGUCUAAAGGGAUUUGAUAUGGGAAAGAAGAAAACGACCCGUGGAGAGGGCUCGGGUUUGGGGAGAGCUUUGAUAAAGGAGAGACUAAACGCAGGACGUGGAUACAGAAGAAAUGACACAUGGCUCCACACCAGUGAACUGAAUGAUGGUUAUGACUGGGGCCGCCUGAACCUGCAGUCUGUGACAGAGCAAAGCUCUCUCGAUGACUUUCUGGCCACUGCAGAACUUGCUGGAACAGAAUUUAUCGCAGAGAAGAUGAACAUUAAAUUUGUCCCAGCUGAAGCAAGGGCUGGUCUGCUGUCCAGUGAGGAGUCCAGACGGCUGAAGAAAUUACACGAAGACAACAAAGAGUUGCUACGAAUACCCCGAAGACCUCACUGGGAUGAGAACACAAGUCCUGAGGUUCUCCAGCAAACUGAAAGAGACAGUUUUCUUGUAUGGAGAAGAGAAUUGGCUAGGUUAGAAGAAGAACAGAAGUUGAUUCUUACACCAUUUGAAAGGAAUUUGGAUUUUUGGAGGCAACUAUGGAGAGUUAUUGAGAGAAGCGAUGUUGUGGUUCAAAUACUUGAUGCCAGAAACCCACUUCUCUUCCGCUGCCCAGACCUCGAAAAAUAUGUAAAAGAAGUCUCUGCUCACAAAGUAAACAUGCUUUUGCUGAACAAAGCCGACUUGCUCACUAGAGAACAGCGGCGACAUUGGGCCCGAUAUUUUCAGAAAGAGGGCAUCAGAGCAGUUUUCUGGUCCGCUCUGGCUGAAGCUCAACGACUCGAGGCAGAAGAAAAGGGAGAAGAGCAGCUGGAUCAAGAAGAUCAAAGUGAUGCAGAACAGGAGAAAGCCUCUGAAGAUACCUCAAAUCUUCAUGAGAAAAACAGAGGAGAAAGUGAAGACGAGGAAGAUGAGGGAGGAAGAGUCCAUGGCUCUGUUGAUGAGACAGACUGGCAGACAUGCUCUGAUGAAUCUGGAGAUGAAGAGGAGCACACAAACACCACAGCUGCUUCAUCUUUCUACAACUCAAGUCGGUUGUUACGUAAAAAUGAGCUUUUGGAAAUUUUCAAAUCUGCACACUCCGGGUCCACAAGCAAAGACGGACAAAUCACAGUAGGACUGGUGGGGUAUCCUAAUGUUGGGAAAAGCUCCACCAUCAACACCAUCCUAAGGAACAAGAAAGUCUCAGUUUCAGCUACACCUGGACACACAAAACACUUUCAGACUCUUUUUGUUGAACCCGGUCUCUGCCUUUGUGAUUGUCCCGGACUCGUCAUGCCUUCCUUUGUGUCCACCAAAGCUGAGAUGAUUUGCAGCGGUAUUCUGCCCAUAGAUCAGAUAAGGGAUCACGUUCCAGCCAUCUCUUUCGUAUGUCAGACUAUCCCUCGAGCUGUACUGGAAGGGACAUAUGGUAUCAACAUCAUCCGACCAAGGGAAGACGAGGACCCUGAUCGAAUACCUACCUAUGAGGAGCUGCUGAUGGCAUACGGAUAUAUGAGAGGCUUCAUGACAGCCCAUGGCCAGCCGGACCAAUCAAGAUCAGCUCGUUAUAUUUUGAAAGACUAUGUUAGCGGCAAACUCCUGUACUGCCAUCCUCCACCUUCCAUCAACCCCAAAGACUUUCAGCCUCAGCACGCCAAGUUUACCAGGCAGAUGGGAGGAACUGAAGAGACCUCCAGUGGUGUCGACAAACCAUCCAAAGUUAAACGCAUUGAAAACACAGUGGAUAAAAAUUUCUUUCAUCAAGAAAAUGUCCGAGCGCUGACGAAGGGAGUGCAGACGGUGAUGGGAUAUAAACCUGGAAGUGGCCCAGUUGGGCCUGGAAAUGCAGGUUCAGAACAGCAGGUUGGGAAGCCCUGGAAAAAACAUGGUAACCGGAACAAGAAGGAGAAAGUUAGAAGACUCAACAAACAUCUGGAUGCGUGAUUAUUUUUCUAAUCAUGUAAACACAGUAAUUCUUAUCUACAGUGUUUGGACUGGAUAUGUUGGUAAUGCAUACACAUACUCGUGCCUGGCUGGAUGUGUUAAUAAUAAGGACAUUCCAAAUCUCAAUUGAAUUUUACAAUUCAAUUUUUGAAAAAUGUAUUUCUCUUCAUUUUAAACGAUCACAUUCAUGAUAAAUUACAAACUGUAUCACUGUUAUUUCAUCUUUGUAUAGUGUAAAGAGAUUCAUGGUGUCAACUUUUCCCAAAAUAUUCAAAUGCUAAUAAAUUAAGCUUUCCUUUCAAUAUCAUAAAAUGUAAAAUUAUUCUUCUUUACUUAUCGGGAUUUACUGGAAUACACACACAUCUGUCAAACACAUCUUUCCUUGUUGUGCAAGCAUACUAUCAUGAAUAUGUAUUUCACAUAAUAAAUAUUUUUGUCAAUUUAAGAA